CCCGCAGAUAACCGUCGCGGCCUGAUGACGUCGCACAAUGGCCGGCCCCCGCGGCUAGUGGAGCCCGUUUGUUCCGCCCUCGUCGCGCCUGAAGCCGGAGCCUGUGAGCAGCGGAAGGGCCGAGAGACGCCUUCUCCGCGCCGUCCCGACCCCUGCGAAGCCGUGGCCCCCUCUCUGCCCUCGAGCUGAGGUUUCAUCAAGGUACCAUGUAACAUGACUGUGGCAUACAUUGUUUUAAAUUAAAAGUCUUGAAGACUCAGAACCGUGGGUACUGAUGGAUGUGGCCGAGAGCCCUGACCGGGACCCUCGCUCUCCGGAGGACGAAGAAGAAGAGCAGCAGGGGCUCUCGGACGAUGACAUCCUGAGGGAAAGCGGGUCUGAGCAGGAUCUGGACGCGGCGGGCGGGAGGGCUUCCGACUUGGAGGAUGAGGAGAGCGUGGCCCCGGGACUGAGCCAGGAGGACGAGGAGAGUCACUCCGACGAGGACGACCGGGACUCUGAGGCUCAGGAGCUGAGCAGGGGCCCGGCCAGCCCCCCUCGAGCCGAGGGGGACUGUGCCAGCGACCUGAGGGACGAGGCCUCGUCAGUCACCAGGGACCUGGAUGAGCAUGAGCUAGAUUACGAUGAGGAGGUGCCCGAGGAGCCAGCCCCCGGCGCGCAGGAGGACGAUGCUGAGAAGGCUGGGCCCGAGGAUGACGAGGAGCGCGGAGAGGGGGCUCCUGGGGAGGAGGGGAAGGUGGGGGUCCGCACCGUGGAAGACAAGGAGCCCCCAGAAGCUGCCAAGGAGAAGAGGAAAGAGGAUGACGACGGGGAGAUCGACGACGGGGAGAUCGAUGACGAUGACCUGGAGGAGGGUGAGGUGAAGGACCCCAGUGACAGGAAGGUGAGGCCUCGUCCCACCUGCCGAUUCUUCAUGAAAGAUGUUGUGACACCAUUGUCCACUCCUCCACCAAUAUCAAAUUCCAUACCAUUCAGAGGCCAGGUUAAAGGGAACUGCACCUGGGGCAUGAACUGCAGGUUCAUACACCCCGGAGUCAACGACAAGGGCAACUACUCCCUCAUCACCAAGGCCGAGCCCUUCCCACCCAAUGGGGCCCCGCCGCUCGGACCGCACCCCCUGAUGCCUGCCAACCCAUGGGGCGGGCCUGUAGUAGAUGAAAUUUUGCCUCCACCCCCUCCAGAACCCCCCACAGAGAGUGCCUGGGAACGAGGACUCCGGCAUGCAAAGGAGGUUUUGAAAAAAGCAACCAUUCGAAAAGAACAGGAGCCUGAUUUUGAAGAGAAAAGGUUUACAGUGACCAUUGGUGAAGAUGAGCGAGAGUUUGACAAAGAAAAUGAAGUUUUCCGAGACUGGAACUAUCGGAUCACGAGAGAUGUCAGAGACACAGCACUUGAGCCUUACGCAGACCCUUACUACGACUACGAGAUAGAGCGCUUCUGGCGUGGCGGGCAGUAUGAGAACUUUCGGGUGCAGUACACAGAGGCCGAGCCGUACCAUAACUACCGGGAAAGAGAGCGAGAACGGGAGCGGGAGAACAGACAGCGCGAGCGGGAGCGCGAGCGCGAGCGGGACCGGGAGCGGGAGCGGCGCCAGCGGGAGCGCGAGCGCGAGCGCGAGCGCGAGCGGGACAAGGAGCGGCAGCGGCGGAAGGAGGAGUGGGAGCGCGAGCGCGCCAAGCGGGACGAAAAGGACAGGCAGCACCGAGACCGCGACAAGGAGCGCGAGAAGGACAAGGAGAAGCCCAAGGCCCGCUCCCCGCAGCCACCCAGCCGUCAAGCUGAACCACCAAAGAAGGAGACUGCGUCCACAGGACCCCAGGUGAAGAGAGCCGACGAGUGGAAGGACCCCUGGCGCCGGUCCAAGUCUCCAAAGAAGAAACUCGGGGUGUCGGUCUCCCCUAGCCGCGCUCGACGGCGUCGAAAAACAUCAGCCUCGUCGGCCUCUGCUUCCAAUUCCUCCAGGUCCUCCUCACGGUCGUCGUCCUAUUCCGGCUCCGGCUCGUCCCGCUCCCGGUCCCGCUCCUCGUCCUACAGCUCCUACUCCAGCCGGUCCUCCAGGCACAGCUCAUUCUCAGGCAGCCGGUCCAGCAGGUCCCGGUCCUUCUCCUCGUCCCCAUCGCCAUCCCCGACGCCCUCCCCACACAGACCUGGCAGAGCCAAGGGGGAGCCAGCUCCGCCUCCCACGAAAGCAGGAGAGAAGCUGCUAAAGAAGCCAGCCCCUCCUCCAGCCCUACCGCAGGCCCCCAAAACCACCACUGCCCCCGAGCCCACCAAGCCCGGCGGAGACCCUCGGGAAGCCAGGAGGAGGGAGCGGCAGGCCAGGAGCCCCCCCAGGAGGCGCACGGUCAGCGGCAGCGGCAGCGGCAGCAGCUACAGCGGCUCCAGCUCCAGAUCCAGGUCGCUGUCCCACCUCUCCUGCCCCCACCCCAUCCCGCAGCCUCUGCCUGCGGUCGGGGCCCAGGAAACCCCGCGGAGGCCACCUCGAUCGCUGAGCGUGAGCAGUGUGUCCUCGGUGUCCAGUGCCACAUCAAGCAGCAGCUCAGCGCACAGCGUGGACUCGGAUGACAUGUACGCAGACCUGGCCAGCCCUGUGUCCUCGGCUAGCUCGCGGUCCCCCACCCCAGCCCAGACCAAGAAGGAGAAAGGAAAAUCUAAGAAGGAGGACGGUGUGAAAGUGGAUAAGCGGAAACGGGAUUCAUCCACACAGCCGCCUAAACCCUCAAGAACCCCUGCGGGCGGCAGGUCCUCCCAGCAGCCCACCACCCCCCAGCAGGCGCCACCAGGCCAGCCCCCAGCAGCCACAUUCAUUGCCCACAAGGAGAUCAAGUUGACGCUGCUGAACAAGGCCACUGACAAGGGGAGCAGGAAGCGCUACGAGCCCUCAGACAAGGACAGGCAGAGCCCACCGCCAGCCAAGCGCGCUAACCUCUCCCCGGACCGAGGUUCUCGGGACCGGAAGUCAGGUGGGAGAGUCAGUUCCCCGAAGCCAGAGCGGCAGAGGGGCCAGAAUUCCAAGGCCCCCUCGGCCCCGACAGACAGGAAGCGCCCGCUGUCACCCCAGUCCAAGAGCUCCAGCAAGGUCACCAGCGUGCCUGGCAAAGCCUCGGACACCAGCACCACCGCCACUGCGGGCACCAAGUCAGGGAAGGCCAGCACGCUGUCACGGCGGGAGGAGCUGCUGAAGCAGCUCAAGGCUGUGGAGGACGCCAUCGCCCGCAAGCGGGCCAAGAUCCCUGGGAAGGUGUAGCCCGGGCUCUGCUCCCCGAGGCAGGGACUCACCUGUUUUUAUAAAUAGGGUAAGCGCAGCCAUUUUGGAUUUUGCAGUUUAUGUCUUAUUUUGGCUGUGAUUCUUUUUAAAAAUUAAAAAAGAAAAAAAAAGUUUCUCAGCUGGAAAAGAAGCCACACAUGUAAUGAAGAUGACGCUGAAUCCCAGACUGAACCAACCCCUUCCCAGAGCAGAAGUCCUUCGAGCCAGGUGGGCGAGGGCACAGCGGCACCGAGGACCAGCUCUGAUUUUAUGUCAGUUACGAGUCCUCCCUCCGCUCAGGCAGGCGUCCCCAGCUCCACCCUCCUCCUGUAACCAGGAACACUUGAGUGCUGCCGAGCGUCUUCCCCACCCCGCCGUCCCCAGGAUCAAAAAUAUAUAUAUUCUUGACUAAAGUCUGAUUGGGAAAUACUCCUAUCUUUUAUUUUAAGCAUCAAAUUGUUUUAGUUGAUUUAAAAAGGAAAAAAAGAAAAACACAGAAAAGACUGAAAAAAAAAAAAAAAAGGCCAAGGGUAUUGUUGGGCAUCUGUCAGAUGUGGAGGGUCUUUUUUUGAGGGGUCUCCUAAAAUAAAAUAUUUUGAUAAACA